GAAAAAUGUCUUGCUGAACAUUCACCAUUGGAUUUGUUACAUAUCAAAAUUCUCAUUAUUGCUGUUUAUAUUCUCGUCUUUUUGCUAUGCUUAUUUGGAAAUGUUUUCACCUUAACUGUUAUUGUAUUACAACGUUCCAUGCGAACAUCAACAAAUUUUUUCCUAGCAAAUUUAGCUGUCGCCGAUGUAUUAGUGGCGCUAUUUUGUAUACUUCAAAAUAUGUAUCAAUUGGUUAUCACCGAUCAUUCGGUUUGGAUAUUUGGUAAGU